AUUUCGUUCGGCUCUUCCUACUCGUCGUAUUCAGUUACAUUUGAUCUCCCAUCAACAUGGUACCUAGUGAUGUUAUUGGCAAAGUCAUACUGACUGUAUACAGGUUUCCUCAGUUGAUACAGAACAAGACUUUGACUGAAAUUUUCACGGUCAUCGUAUCCAACUCAACCAUAUUGAAUGAUAUAGCACAAGUAUCUGGGAUAAACAACAACACCAUUACAGAUGCUAUACAGCUAUAUCUUACGGUGGUAGAAUAUAUAACUACAUUGCCUACUACAACKUCUACAAAUUCUACGACCAAUGGCGUCAAUGCUACUUCGAACAAUUCUUGAUCAUCUUGUUAUUGUCUUUACUGGCGAAACGUCAAAGUCCAAAGAAACGAUGCGGCAUCUUGUGGGAAAGACCAGGGCUUUGCAUACCACUGAACCUCGUAGAUGGUUUUGAGAACCGCUUGGCGUACGCCUGUGCAUUUGGGGCCACUGUAACCAAGUGCUUGAGUAUUUUGCUCAUAUCUGAUUACGAAGAAAUUUUUAGUGAAGAUAUUCUUAAAGUUGAGCAAGAUCCGACGAAUCCAGGUUGGCUUGCAGUAUUCUGGAAGAUGUUAGCCAUGAUCAUCAUUGGUAUUGCAUACUAUCCUCUGUUUGCUUGUUUGUCGACGRAAUAUGUAGUGUUAGGAGGAAUCAUUGGGUUCUUGUACAGCAGCUUAUGGUUAAUAAUGAGUAUAUUUUAUGCAGCACAGUGUCCAAACUACUUUGUCACCAUGAUAUAUCCAGGAGAUACCUUUGCAUUUGCACUGCCAGUUUACGUAUGCUUCGUUGUUCUCGUCUGUACGUACUUUGUGGUCAUGGUUAAGAGUCUGAUGAACUUCGCCCGCAGAUACAAGGUUGAUAAACAGCAAAGCUAUGAAGUGGAAUUAUGGAAAACCUCUUACAAAUAUAAAUACGUUAAAAGACUCCUACAAGCCGUACCCAAAGAAUGUCGUGAAAAGUCGGCUAUUAACAACAUUAAAGCGAAGAUGUACAAAUGGAAGCCUGAAUUCAAGUACUCCACUCGUGUUGUUUGUACGUACGUGGUCAUUGUCCUUAUGUUAUACCAGGUUGGAGUAUUUCUUGUURUGGUAUCGGGUUUUUUGUACACAUUAAGCCUCCAGUUAAUACCUGUAUAUUCAACUUAUCUGCUUGCACUUGGGUUUAACAUAACGUUAAUCGAGUACUGGAUAUUUAUUGGUUAUGCAGAUGUUGCGACUCUAAAGUAUUCUGGAUAUCAAGYUGCUUAUGCUGCUUGGAGUUAUAUAUUUCUACAUCUUCUCAUUUUCGUUAUUGGUACCGUCAUUGGCAUUCAAAUCGCGCAUCCUAUGAUUCUUGGAACAUUCGAUUCCUUUUUAUGGGGCCAAAUCUUCAACAUUUGGCCAGCCAUACUUGUUUCAACAGUAUUCUUUCUAUUCCAAUAUCUUUUGGCCAAGUUUGUCUUUUUACAUUAUCGUGGAUCAGCUUUGGCGCUCGACAACAGGCGACUUUUUCACAUUUGCACAUAUUUCCUGUUCUUCUUCAACAUCUUCCUGGGAGUGAUAUCUUGCUUGAAGAGGAUUAUCAUCGGCACUGUUAUUGGUGUUAUGUUUCUUGGUCGACUACAGAAAAGUUUGUUACCCAGGGAUUUUGAACUCAAGGAUCCAGGUUUCAGUGCCUAUGUUGGGUACUUAUAUCUAGACCAUACACAUUCCAAUGCAGUCUUGGUCACAUUUUGUAAUGCGCUGCUUCAUAGUGUAAGUGGACAACACUCAGCAAGGCCUUCUACCAACAUGGCCGAUGACAAUGUAACACAAAUACCCAGUCUCGUAUCUGACGUUUACAAUGAUCGAAGAAGAAAGAGAUUAAGAAAUCGCUGGGCUCUUUUCCUGACUUUGAGCAAUAACCCAGGCCUCAUAAAAGAGCGAAAAUACGAAAAAUUCGUCCACAAAUCUCCUCUGGCAGCCUUGGGCGUUUUAGUCAAUGAUUUUCAAUCUCAUUUGCCAGGACAGCUUGAACCAGUAAACAGCAUGCACUCUGACCUCGUUUUACGCAAUGGUGGAGUAGAUGAAUAUCAGGAAGAAAAAAUGUUAGUGCAGACUUCAAAAGUAUAAAAUGACUUUUAUCUGACAAGAUAACUGUAUUUAAAAAUUAUAUUAGGGCCACUAUUUUCCAUGCUUAUUCAAGGGGGCGAAGGGGCUCAUAUGUGUAAAGCGCACGAAGGUGCGCACUUUAUCCCCUCACACUAUCAGUGCAUGCUUGCGAUUGUUUAAAGCUAAAGCUACUCAGAACAGAAAGAAAACGAAACAGAGAUGGAGAUCAACAAUUUUAUUUGUUUAUUUGUACAAGGUUUUUUGAUGGUGUUUUAGGGGUGGGGUGGGAGGGGGGGUUACAAUUAUUUUAAGAAAAAAGAAGUAAUAAUGAAGGGCGCCAACAUUUUUUCUGUACGGCAAGAAAGGGCCUCUUAAAAAUAUGCAGUUCGAAGGUAAAAUCCACCAGCCCUCCCCCCUUAAUUAAAGACCGGCAAGUCCCUCACAUAUAUUAAGUUAAAGCAAUCUAGAAGAAAGAUAACCCUCCUAAUUAUGAGCCUCUUUGCUAGACCCAUAGUACUACUUCUCACUGAUACAUAUAUAUAUCAAGGCAGUUCGUUUGAUAUUUUUGCCGAUGAUUUUCUAUUCUUUUUAUAGUCUUACACGUAAUAACUUGCUUAUAGAUCAUGCGAAUUAUUUGUUAAACCAUGCGAUAACACUUCAAUUGUCAAUAAUCCACUUUCGAUAUCUUAUUAAAAUCAAACUUGAUUGCAAA